UCCCCAACCUUCCCGGCCCUCCGGGCUGCCCCGAGACCUCUUUGGCGUCCAUGGGCGACGAGCAAACCCCGCCGAUGGCCCCGCUGAUGUCCCCGCUGAUGUCCCCGCUGAGGGUCCCGCUGGCCCCGCGGCCACCGCUCCGUCCGGCCGGGCCGUGCCCCGCGAGCUCCGCUAGGUGGCGCCCCCGCCCCAGCGCUGAGGGGCCGCUGCACCUUCCCGCCCUUCGCGCCCUCCCUCAGCGGCCGACGAGGGCUUGGGCCGCCCCGACCGCCCCUGUUUUCGGAGCCAUGGAGAAGGAAAACCGCUUUAAAUUGUUCAUGCCGCCGCGCCUGAGCGCUGGGCAGGUGUCUGCGGGCAGAUCCCAGGUGAGCGCUCGGCCGCGGGGCGUUGUGCAGGGUUUUAACAAAUGCUCAGAUGAUGAAUUUAAGCUGCCCUUUGAUGUGUCAAACCGUGGUGAAAUCCCUGAUUCAGAUACAAUUUCACAGCAAGUGAAACUUUGCUCUGAAGUAGAUGAAGAGAAUCCAGAAACAAUGAAUGAAUUGUUCUCAAAACUCUACAAAGAGGCUGAGAAGAUCAAGCAGUGGAAACUGACUGUGGAAUCAGAACUAAACCAGAAAGAAAGACAACUGCAAGAGAAUAAAAAGAUUAUUGAAGCACAGAAUAAAACCAUUCAGGAACUGCAGUUUGAAAAUGAAAAACUCCAUUUGAAACUGGAAGAUGAGAUAUGUGAAAACAAAGAUCUCUUGAAAGAAGCUGCUGCUUCGAGGCAUCUGUGUGACCUGCUCAAGGAAACCUGCACUCACUUCACAGAGAAGACCAGCAGAUAUGAACAGGAAAAAGAAGAAACAAUACAAUUGUAUGAGGAACUUCAGAGCAACAUUGAAAGAAUGACAGUGGCAUUUGAAGAGCUUCGUGUGCAAGCAGAGAACGACAGAUUGGAAAUGAGUUUCAAAUUAAAAGAAGAAGCAGAAAAAGUGGACAAGUUUGAAAAAGAAUGCAAACUGGAAGUCAGUCAAAAGGAAAAGCAGAUUUCAGCUCUUACCAUACAGAGAGAUGAAAAAGAUGAUGUAAUAAAAGACAUCAAGGCUCAGCUGCAGACAGCACAAAAUAAGAUUGCUGAUUUAAUGGAAGCAAAAUUACAUAAUGAAGAAAUGUUAAAGGAGUCCCAGGUCAGUAAUGAACAUUUGAGGGCAGAGCUGGAAGAGGCUAAAAUUUCAUUGCAAAAGGCAGAGGUUACUCAGAAGAACUUAGAGACUGAAUUCCAGACUACAAUGAAAACAUUAAUUCAGGUUACUGGGGAAAAGGAGGAGCAGGAGGAAGAAUGUAAAAAAAUGAAGGCUUUGCUUGCAGCCCUGACAGAGGAGUUUGAGACUUCUGUUGCCAAUUUGAAAAGCUUGCUGCAAGAAGAGCAAAAUAGAUUCAAGAAAUUUGAAGAUGAUUUAAAGCUGCUUACCUUGGAGCUCCAGAAGAAAUCUGCUGAACUGGAAGAGAUGACUAAAGUAAAAUGUGAUAAAGAAGUGCAACUUGAAGAGCUGUCAGAAACUCUGGUAAAAAUUGAAGGACUUUUACUGAAGAAGAAUUUUGAGGCUGCUGUAGAAAAUUUGCAGAGAGAGAAGAAUUAGGAGAGAAAUGAAAAUGCUCUCCACAUGAGAGAGAAAGAAUUCCAUGAUGUGAAAGCCCAGCUGACAAGAACAGCUGAGAAGGAGCAAGAUUAUUUAAAGCAGCUUGUGACUCUGAAAACAGACCUGGAACAAGAGGCGUUAAAGAAUGAACAGCUGACAGUGUAUCUCACUAAGCUCUCCCUGGAGAAAGAACAAACAGCACAAGAGAAAAAUGCUGUGGCUGCAGAACUCCAGAAGCUACAAGAACAGAAAGAGGAUAGUAAGAAGAAAGAAGAAAAUACAAAGCAGUUAGUUGAAAAUCUAGAAGAGGCAAACAGCCAGCUAAGAAAUGAGCUGGAGUCUUUGAAGGAGAAAAUGGCAAAGACAGGUGAAGAGAUGAAAAGCACACUGGAUGAAAGAGAAGAAAAUAUGAAUAAUUUAAAGAAACAGGUGGAAAAUAAAACCAAAUGCAUUGAAGAGUUGCAGCAGGAGAAUAAAGUGCUGAAAAAGAAAAUUGCUGCAGAAAGCAAGAAAAGCAUUUCUUAUGAAGGGAAGGUGAAUAAAUUGCAGUUAGAGAUGGAAAAUAUGAACCAGCAGCAUAAGGAAGCAGUUGACAUCUAUCAGAAAGACAUAGAAACAAGAAAAGUAAAUGAAAAUAAACUUCGCGAAGAGGUAGAAAAGAUGAGGUUGCUUUAUGAUGAAACUGCAAUGAUCCAGAGAGAAACUGAUCUCAGAUGUCAGCACAAGAUAGCUGAGAUGAUGGCACUGAUGGAAAAGCACAAGAAUGAAUAUGAUAAAGUGGUUGAAGAAAAAGAUGCAGAGUUGAAAGUCUAUAAAAUGAAACAGCAGAAGCAGUUCUCAUCAGAAAGAGCACUGGAAAAUGAGCUGUCCUGUUUGAAAAGUGAGCUGUCCUCCCUUAAGGAACAACUGAAAGCAGCAACUGAAGAGAAGGAGAAUCUUAUAAAAGAGCACUCUCACAGUGUGAUUCCUGAAAGUGAAAAGAAACACAAGACCUACGUUAUAAAGACUCCUCCAGCAGAUAAAAUGCAGAGUGGAAGAAGCAGAAACCUGCCCUCAGAGCAGAGCAGCAGGAAAAAGCAGAGAGUGCUUCUGCAGCUGGACAGUCAGUCAGACAGCUCUGAGCACGCCGACCUCCUGAGCAUAGUCUCAGAAGAAGAAAUGUUUAAAAAUCUGUACAAAGAUUACCCCCAAGCUUCACAAUUCCAUUCCGCAGCACCAAAAAAGACCCCAGCUCCAUCCAGUGAGAAGUCUCCAGGCUCUGCCCUGAAGCUCAAAACCGCCAGGAGAAUGCGCGAGGCCGGCUGGACCGCGCUCUCCAAAACCGACAGGAAAAGGAAAAUCAAAGAUGUUGUGAAGUUCUUUGCUUAAAAUGCAGAGACACCCAGUGCCCUGGCUUUGCUUGCAGGGUUGUUUUUCUCUCAGUUGCAUUUUCCUGUCCUACUCAGUGUGUUCAACAUUCCUUUACAUUGAUAAACUUUACAGAUCUAGAACUGCAACCCCUUCCCACCUUUCCUCCCUGGUGCUUCAGAAUGUUGGGACACAAAUCAGCCAAUUUUACAUUUUGAAAUAAAUAGAACUGCAUGGAAGGUUGUUUCAAAGCUGGCAUUAGAAAUUCUGGCUUUAAAGAACUUCUGUUCUUUUAAAUUUACUCUGUUUUUCUUAGCACAUAAAUACUUAGUGAAGAAAUGUAGCUGUUAAAUGUAUUUGCUUUUACCUGAAGUCCUCUUGCUUUUUCCUGCAUUUUAAUGGCUGUUGGACCUGUCUUUUUAGACUGUUUUGUUUUCAGGAUGUUAAAAUGGUUUUGAAACUUCUAAAAUUUCAGUAGAAUUACUUGUAUUUAAAAAGAUUUCAGCUUCACAAGGAGUAAAAUAUGCACGUUAUAAGACAGUAAAAACAAUGUUAAGAUGCCAUUAAAUUGUUUCUCUGAAAUGUAAAGUGUGAAA